UUCACAUGCCUGGUGAUCCACAUCCUGGGAUUCCUGUACAAGCAUGAACCACUUCCGCAUCAAUUCAUCUUCUGCGGAACAUUCUUUGGGGCUUUUCUUGUCUCCCUCAUUGGGGCAAUGAGCAUCCUGAUUCGCUAUGAAUUGUCAAUUGUAUCGGAAAUCUUUCUCUGUGGCUUCUUCUUUGUCCUCUUCCUCAUUACGGCUAUUGUUUCAAUGUUCAAUGCUGAGCAGGACGUCCAUUUGCUCUUCCUCACUGACUCCGAGGAAGCUGAUCACAAAUUCUUCCGCAUAAGUUGCCUUCAGAGCCUAAUGGGGCUCAUCACGGCCCUGACGUUCCUCCUUCAUUGUACUUUCUGCCUGGAUUUGCUUCUAAUCACUGAAAAGACAACACUUCCGGAGUGAGUUUCCAGAAGAUUCCUCCGAAGAAAUUUUAACAACCUUCCAAUAAUUCCAGGAGUGCUAUUUCUGUGCUUGAACAGAAGGAUCUGGCUGCAGUUAAUCCUCUCAAGCUAAAACUCAGCAUUGCCAAUUGGUUUUACUCAAAAUUCC